CUCCCCUUGGGCGGCUUCUUCAGCUGCCAGGCCGGCAACCCUUUGGCCGGGCCGCUGAAGGGACAGAGCCCCGGGCUCCUGCAGGAUUUCUUCUACCAGGACUCUGCCACUGCCUACCCCAUGAAGUGCCCCCAGGGGUACAGCCAGCACAAGGCCUAUCUGAGCGACGGCUGCCAGGUCCUCUACUGCCUCCAGGCGGGGACCCUCUUCGCCCAGCAGCUGGCUCCCAUCAAGCUCCCCCCUUUCUGCCGCCGGCCUGCCCCCAACGCCAGUGCAGCCGAGACCAUCCUGGUGCGAGGGGAGGGCAGCCAGGCCUGGGUGAAGCUGCAGGGCAGCGAGCAUUGGCGGCCAGCCAACGCCACCGAUGAGCAAGAGAUGGCCCAGCUCUUCCAGGCUCAGCCCCGCAGGGGGCCCACAGGGGGCGCCGUGGCUGGCAUCUCCGUGGCCGUGACGCUUGUGUUGGCAGUGGCUAUCGCGGUGGCUGUCUAUGGCGCCCGGCGGUACAAGAACAGGGGGUACCAGGAGGUGCAGCCCGGCUGCCUAGCAGAAGAGCAAGGGAGCUACGGCACCACCGCGACGUCUCUGGGGCCCGGCUCAGCCUGAGGACCCCUGGACUGGGCCAUAGCUGAGUGGCCUGCACCCCGCGGGGGGUGGCAAGGUAGUGGCUUUCAAUCACGAGUGCAUUAGCGUUGCAGGCUGGUUCAGGCACCUUUCUGGGGAAGGAGCCCCCUGGCGCUGGACCAGAACCGGGACUCCACUAGCCAUUGGAAGGGGGCUCCUAUGUUUGGCCAGCAGGGGGCACCGUUCCCCCACCAACCGGGACAAAGGAAAGUAGGUGCCGGGCAGUAGGGAAAAAAAAAUCAACCUCUUAAAGGGGAGGGGGCUCUGGGUACGUACGGACCCCAGGUACAAAAAGCCUGAGAGUGAUUAAAAUAGUGUGUGGGGGAA